AAUUCAUACUCCUAUUAGCCAUGCAUUCACCCUUUGGUCCCUUUUUUUCCACCCCCAGAUAUAUGCGCAUCCUCCAAAGACACACCCCGUUUGAGAACAAGACUUUUCCCUGCUAAACUCCUGCCCACUUCUUCAUUUGGAGAGUUUUCCAUCCAGGGUUCACUGCAAAGCCCACUGACUUGAGACACCAUGACUGAUGAAGCAACCGGGGUGAAACCCAAUGGACAGUCUGAUCCAAACAAAGUGGACAGCGACAAUGUGAGUCCGGCCAGGGCUAAGUGGGCCAAUAAAUGGGAGUUUUUGCUCUCCAUGACCGGAGAGAUCGUCGGCCUGGGAAACGUGUGGCGAUUCCCCUAUUUGUGCUUCAAGAAUGGUGGAGGUGUCUUCCUCAUCCCGUACUUCCUGUUCCUGGCCUUUGGCGGGAUCCCCAUCUUUUUCCUGGAGACGGCGCUGGGCCAGUACACCAGUGAGGGGGCCGUCACUGCCUGGAGGAAGAUCUGCCCAAUGUUUCAGGGCGUGGGGAUCGCCUCGCUCAUCAUCGUCAUCUACCUGAACAUCUACUACAUCGUAGUGCUGGCCUGGGUCCUCUUCUACCUGUUCAAUUCCUUCCAGAGCCCACUUCCCUGGUCCACGUGCGACAAUGCGUGGAACACCGACAACUGUCACGACCGCACCGGCCUCUACGCCAACCCGAAUCUGUUCCGCCCCGACGCUAACUGGUCCUUCCUCAACAACGUCAGCACCUACGACUACUUUGAAAACAUCAGCAGCAUAUCCCUGAAUGAAUCCUUCUUCAUGGUGAAGUCCGCCGAGGAGGAAUUCUGGACCAAUCGCGUGUUGAGGAUGUCUGAGUCCAUGUCCCUCGGCAAGGUGCACUGGGACCUGGCACUGUGCCUGCUGCUGGCCUGGGUCAUUUGCUACUUCUGUAUUUGGAAGGGAAUCAAAAGUAUGGGAAAGGUGGUGUACGUGACGGCGACCUUCCCAUACCUGAUGCUCAUCAUCCUCUUCAUCCGAGGGGUGUCGCUGCCCGGUGCCGGCGAGGGCCUGAAAUACUACCUCUUUCCCGACUUCAGCAGGCUGCUCAGCGCCGACGUUUGGCUGGACGCAGGGACUCAGGUGUUUUUCUCCUACGCUGUCUGCCAGGGAGUCCUGACUUCUCUCGGCAGCUACAACAAGUACAACAACAAUUGCUACAGGGACUGCGUGGCGCUGUGCCUUUUGAACAGCGCCACCAGCAUCUUCGCCGGCUUUGUGGUGUUCUCCACGCUGGGCUUCAUGGCGUUCAACUUGGACCUGGCGGUGGAGGACGUCGUUCACAGUGGUCCUGGUUUGGCCUUCAUCGCCUACCCCAAAGUGCUCUCAAUGCUCCCCGGCAGCACUUAUUGGACUGUGUUCUUCUUCCUCAUGAUGCUCUUCCUGGGUCUGGACACGCAGUUUGUGUGCGUGGAGAGCUUAGCCACGGCCAUCAGCGACCUGUUCCCGAAGCAUCUGAGGAGGCCCUGCGCUCGGGAGAUCCUGGUUUUGGUGAUUGCGGCCGUCUGCUUCCUGCUGGGCCUACCCCUCGUCACCGAGGGAGGAAUCAUGCUCUUCCACCUGAUUGACAGCUUCGGGCCGAGCGGGACCAGCCUACUCAUCAUCGCCUGCUUUGAGACCGUCGUCAUCGGCUGGGUGUAUGGUGCGGAUCGUUUCUUGGACAACAUCGAGGACAUGAUCGGGUACCGUCCGUUUCCCGUUCUGAAGUACUGCUGGUUGUUCGUCACGCCGCUGCUCUGCGUGAUCACCAUGUUUUUCGAUCUGGCCAAGACGCAUUCGCUGAUGGUAUACGACUACCAGCUGGGCAGGUGGGCCUUGGCCGUAGGCUCGCUGCUCAUUCUCACACCGCUCAUUUUCAUCCCGGCGUUCAUCUUCGUCACAUUGUGCAGGACUCCCCAGAGCAUGACGACGCCUUCCAGCGAGCUCCGCCAGGCUCAGCCUCACAGGCCCGCACUGACGGUGUGCGACUACGUCGUCCACGGGCCUGUCCGAGCGAGGGCGGCGAGAGGAGGCGAUGAGAAGAUGGCGAUGGGGGAAGUCAGCAGCGUUUAAAAGACUCAGGGCGUCAUGUGGCGUGUUUAUAGUUAAAGGUUUUCAGGGACCUCUUAGCAGACCCAUUUGUUAUUUUACAUCAUUAACACAGCCUAAAUCUGGCAGCCAUUGGCGAAAAUCUGGCAAGUAACUGACAUGGUUUCCUAUUGAUGCCACAAGAUGGCAGUGAAGCACUUCUUUUGUGUAAAUGAAACUCAACUCACUUCGACAUUUAGUGUGUUUCGUGGAAUGAGAUCCUUGAUUUAAGACCACCCUUUGCAGGUUCUGUGGAGGGCAAAUGUCAUGACUGUGUUUUUCUACAUUACAAUACUGUUCAAUGCAAAAUUUCUUUAAAAAAAAUAAAGUUAAAAAAAAUAUAUAUAUUUUUGGUGGGAGGCUGGAACGGAUUAAUUCCCUUUCCAUUCAUUUCAA